AUGUUGACUAAAGUUACACCGGGUCAAACGACUACCUUAAAAUGGCUAGUUGUGGCGGAGGUGAUCAAUGAAGUAUAUAAGCCAUUUAGAGGUAAUAAUACAUCCGUUGUGUUACAACACGCUCUUGUCCCACAAAACGCAAAUCAGGAUUGGCUUUAUUCCAAUCUGGUUCCAUUACCUUCCUCAACAGCGAAGUGCCAUCGUAGACCACUUCAAACAUUGUGUAUAUCGGAAGGAAAGAUGACUCGAGUGGGAUUUGCCAAUUCCCGAUCAACAAUUUCCAUAUUUUCAUCUAUUGAAGCGAAAGCGCAUUUGCUUACAAACAGCUUAAAUAGAAGUAGUGUAUGUGGGAGAGGUCAUAAUAAUAAUAAUUUAGGAGGAGGAACAGACAGGAGGUGA